AUGUGGGGAGGGGACCUGGCGAAGGGCAGACACGGGGGGCGGGGGCCGCAGGCUGGUGGGGCCUCAGGACAAGCGGGGUCCACACGGGUAGGAGGCCGUGACUCAGUGGCUUCUGUCCCCCUCUUUCGCCUGCAGUUUGAAGCCUUCUGUGCUGCGGGCCUGGUCCCGGGCUGGAAUCUGCUGGUCCAGGGGCACUCGGACUCCGGAGAGGACAAGUUCGAGAUCAACUUCUUGUCCGAGAAGGGGGACAUCGUCUUCCACAUCAAACCCCGGUUCUCCAGUGCCACCAUGGUGGGCAAUGCCUUCCAGGGCGGCCGCUGGGGCCCCGAGGAGGUGUCCAGCGUCUUCCCGCUGGUGCUGGGGGAGCCCUUUGAGAUGGAGGUCAGCUCAGACGCGGAGCACUUCCACGUCCACGCCCAGGAGCACAAAGUGCUGCAGUUUGCGCACCGCCACAGGCCGCUGGCGGCCAUCACCCGGGUGCAGGUGCUGAGCGACCACCGCCUGGCCCAGGUGGAGCUGGCCAGGAGAAGCCUGAGCUGGGGGGAUGGGAGCUACUGAGCUGUGUCCGAAAUCCCAGGAGCGAGCCUCGGCCAUCGGCCACCCUACGUCCAGUGGAGCCCACCCUGGGGAAGUUGCGGGGAGGGGUCUGUG